CCUAUCAAUGCUAAUCAGUGCCACCUAUCAGUGCUGCCAAUCAGUGCCGCCUCAGUGCCUCCUCAUCAGUGUCCAUCAGUGCAGCCUAUCAGUGCCCAUCAUUGCAGCCUCAUUAGCGCACAUCAGUGAAGGAGAAAAAUCACUUAUUUACAAAAUUGUACAACAAAAACUAAGAAAAAACUUUUUUCUUUUUAAUUUUCAGUGGUUUUUGGUUUGUUUAAGAAAAAAUAAAAAUCCCAGAGGUGACCAA